ACAUGACCCGGUGUGAGAGCUCAGAACCGGCCCGGCAGCUGCGGACAGACAUGGCGAGCACCAAGAAGAGAACAGAGGAGGGGGAGGAGAUGAGGCGGCUGGGGAAGAGGUUUAGGAAACUGGACCUGGAUAAAUCCGGCUCUCUGAGCGUGGAUGAGUUCAUGUCGCUGCCAGAACUCCAGCAGAACCCGCUGGUCCGCAGAGUCAUCGACAUCUUUGACAGCGACGGCAACGGGGAGGUUGACUUCAUCGAGUUCAUUAAAGGAGUGUCUCAGUUCAGCGUCAGAGGAGACAGACUGCAGAAGCUCCACUUCGCCUUCAGGAUCUACGACAUGGACAAAGACGGCUUCAUCUCCAACGGAGAGCUCUUCCAGGUGCUGAAGAUGAUGGUGGGCACCAACCUGCAGGACGCGGAGCUGCAGCAGGUCGUGGAUAAAACCAUCCUGCGCGCUGACACAGACGGAGACGGCAGGGUGUCCUUCCAGGAGUUCUGCACGAUGGUCGGUGGCUCGGACUUUCACAGGAAGAUGGUGGUGGACGUCUGACAGCGGCCCACGUCUUCAUGGCUUCCCUCUGAGCUCCCUGAUUGGCCAGAAGGCCUCAGUGACCGGAGCUCAGGUUCAGAGAGCAGCAGUGAGGGGCAGCAUGGAGGUCUCCAGGCUUCACCUGCAUCAGCAGAGACUCCAUCAACCCCCCCCCCCCCCCACCUGCAUGGAGACUUUAUUAAUUGGGCCAAAAUGAUGAAGACAGGCUGAAAUCGUAUCAGAGAAAAUGUCCAGAUUCU